UGGAGAUGGGCGAGGGCCGCCCGGAGGUGGCGGCGACGCUGCGGGCUCUGAACGAGGCCCUGGGGCGACCCGCCGCUCUCUGGGUGAAGGAGAGCGGUGCCCGUAACCUGCGCCACAGGGAUUUCCUGGCGCCGCGGGCCGCGCUGAACGCCGCCUUUCCCGGCGGGCAGGUGCCCCCCGAGGCCGUGUCGGCGGUGCCGUCGCUGCGGGGCCCAGCAGUGCUGCCGCUGCGGGUUUGCCGGCAGACGCCGGCGGGGCUGGCGGUGCAGGUGCGGCGCCCUGAGGCCUUCCAGCGCCUGCUGGGGCCUCUGCCCGGCCCGGCCCCCCCCGCCGCGGGGCCGCGGACGGGUUGCGUGGUGCUGCACUGCCCGGCCCUGCGCAGCUCCGCUGCCCUGAGGCCCCGCCACCUCCGCUCCGUCCUGCUGGCCGAUCACCUGGCCCAGCUGCUGCGCGCCCAGGGGGUCGGCGUCCGCCUGGUCCCUGCCCUCAGCGAGGAGAGGAGCUGGGACGUCCUGCGACAGCUCCGCAUCUGCUGGCCCUCCGCCUCCGGUAGCUCGUCCCUCACUGACGCCGUCUCAGCCUUGAAGGCAGCGUUGGGCCGGUGCCCCUGUGCCUCAGCCUGUGAUCGGGGGCCGGGCACAGCCGAGGGUGUCAUCUGUAAGGUGCACCUGAAGAGCUUCGUGGAGCAGCAGGGCUUGUUGGGUUAUGACCCCAAUCUAGAUCUGCUGCUCGUGACAGAGGGGACACUGCAGUCCUUGGCUGAGCUGCAGGAAGCUGUGUUGCAGUGCCCAGCCAAAGGCCAGAGUAGUUGUUGCAGCAUUGUGCAUGUGGUGAACUGUGAAGAGGAAUUCCAGCAGCAGCAGCUGGAUGUGCUCUGGAGGAUUUUGGAUCCAGAAGCUCACACAGCUUUGCAGAAACAUCUUGUCUGUGGGCCAGUGAAGGUGACCAACCCCUCAUCGCCCAUUGGGGCAGACCAGUACUUCCAGCUCCGAAAGCGCCAGAUGCAUGAAGCCUCUGUGAUAAAGUAUGGGGAGCUUGCACAAGAUAAGGCCUGGACAGAGGUGAUUGAUACCCUGACAGUGGCUGCCAUCAGGUUUGAGAUGCUGAGCACUGCUCACCGGAGUCAGAUCACCCUGGACCUGGAGAACAGCAGCAUCUCCACAAAGGGAACAAAGAGCGGUGCCUUUGUGAUGUACAAUUGUGCCCGACUGGCCACACUCUUCAACACCUUCCAGCAGGCUGUGGAGCGGGGCACAUACCCACCUCUGCCACCAGCAUCUGAACUGAAUUUCUCCUGCCUCCGAGAAGAGGGAGAAUGGCUCCUGCUCUUCAACUAUCUCCUCCCCUUCCCGGAAGUCCUGCAGCAGGCAGCACAGCUGCCCUCACCUUCCAAGGGGAUCCGGCUCACUGCCAACACAGAAAUAGUGUGCAAGUUCCUGAUCCAGCUUAGCAUGGAUUUCAGCUCUUAUUAUAACCGGGUGCACAUCCUGGGGGAGCCGUUCCCUCAUCUCUUUGACCAGAUGUUUGCCCGCCUCCAGCUGCUGGGAGCAGUCAGAGAUGUGUUCCACAGUGCAUUGGCAACCCUGCACCUUCCUCCUCUCAGCCAGAUCUGAGCCAUCCCUGAAGAGCUGUACCAUGCUGUAACAGUCACCUACAUACCACAUGUAGGGGGAGAACGAGGCAUGUUCUCCUGGCACGGCAAGGGGCUGCCCCAGUGACAGGCAAGGCCAAAUUCAGCCCCACAGGCCCCUUCCUUCCCAUAGCCCAUGGUCUUUGGGGUUAGGUCUGUGCUCUCUGCAGCUGUGUCCAGUGUGGGACAUGGAUAUGCCUCUCCACAUCCACACCAGCAGAAAAGGGCUCCUGUGGCACCCCAGGAGCUGUGCUGGGAGUACUGGGGAGGUGGCACUAGGGACCAGAUGCCACAAAGCCAGACAGACACCAACUUCACUUCCUUCAAAACUUUAUUGAAGGGUGCUCCGUGCUGGCGGGGAGCUCCUGAGGCUCCAGGCCCCUACUGGGCUCUGAGCCAGGCCCCAGCACUGGGGUCCAAUACACUUGUUGCUGGACAAACACUC